AUGGCUGGCGCUCCCUCUUCUAUCCUUAUCGUUGGCUCUGGAGUCUUUGGCCUCGGCACCGCCUUGGCUUUGGCCAAGCGAACACACUACUCCAACACCUCGAUUACUGUUGUCGACGACUGCGCAGGACAGUUUCCUCCGGAAGAUGCUGCCAGUGUAGACUCGUCUCGAAUUGUGCGAGCCGACUACUCAGACCCUUACUAUGCCGCGCUUGCCGCCGAGGCGCAGAAGGAAUGGCGAAAGCAGGGUGAUCACGAGGUCGGUGGACAGGGACGAUAUUCCGAGUCGGGUUUUGUUCUCUGCGCGAGCGAAACCCCCAAAGACUUCAAGCUGAAGAAGUCUGGCAUGGACUAUACCAAGGAGAGCGCCAAGAAUGUCGAGUUAAUCGCUAAGCAGACCGGUCUGCCUGUGGACAAGAUCCAAAAGCUGGAGAGUACCAAAGCCCUACAGGAGUUCCUCGGCACAGACGGCUAUCCCGGAGACUGGGGCUACCUCAAUGGUAACUCUGGCUGGGCUGAUGCUGGAGAGGGCAUGAAGUGGCUCUACAAGCAGGCUCAGGCCACAGGACGUAUACAGUUCGUCAACGGCAAGGUGAUAGAGCUCGUGACAGAGGGCGACCGAGUCAUUGGUGCAAAGCUGAGCGACUCGGAGGUUCUCAAGGCCGAUGUGGUCAUGGUAGCUGCCGGUGCUUGGUCCGGCUCACUCGUUGACCUUCGAGGAAGAACAGAGGCUACUGGCCAUGCAGUCGUGUACAUGGACAUCACACCAGAAGAGCAGAAGCGACUCGAUAACUUCCCUGUAGUGUUGAACCUCAGCACCGGCCUCUUCCUCAUCCCCCCACGAAACAACGUCCUCAAGGUCGCCCGCCACACAUUCGGAUACAUUAACCCAAUCAAGAUCAACAACGCUCUUCCUCCUUCGCCCAACGAUAAGCGGGAGCCCUUCCUCGCAUCUCAACCCUAUACCUCUCGCAACGACUCUUCGAAUCCUCUACCCCUCGAAGCCGACAGAGAUCUCCGCCGUGCGCUCAAGGACCUGUGUCCUGUGCGUGGCCUAGAAACCCGACCAUGGAAGGAGGCUCGAAUCUGCUGGUACUCCGAUACACGAGACGGCGAAUGGCUGAUUGACUACCACCCGGGCUGGAAGGGGCUAUUUGUUGCAACAGGCGACAGUGGACACGGAUUCAAGUUCCUACCCAACUUGGGUGAGAAGAUCGUGGAUGUUAUACAAGGCCAUGGUGGUAAGCUUGGUGAGAAGUGGCGAUGGAGAGAGAUCCAAAACGAUGGAGUUGGAAGAGAGACAGAGGGUAUUUAUAACGGAUUGGUGACACUUGAUGGUUCCAGAGGUGGCCGGCCACUGGUGCUGUGUGACGAGCUUGAGAAGGGUCGGGCGCUUAUUGGAGAGACGAAGGCCAAGCUAUGA